CAGAAUAUGGCCGCUGUGACUGGAGUGAAAACAAACACUGAUGAUUUCUGGGUGAAAGCUUCGUAGGUUUGGAUUUAAAACGCUAAAAUGGCUGACCCAUUGGAAAUACAAACUGUUCAGGAUCGUCUCAAUCGUCUGAAGGAGCUGACAGAGUUUACUGAAAACUGCAGGAAUCAGCUGAGCGAUAUAUUUAAAACGCUGGGAUGGUCGAUGGACUACAAGCAGGAAGCGAUGGAGCAGUGUCCCUACGACCCCGAUCACAGAGUCCCAGUCAGGAGCAUAGAGAAACACAAAGCGGCCUGCCGCCUCAGAAAGAUGGGUUACUCGGCCGAGGAGCAGGCGGAGAUGUACGACCACUCUGUGUGUUAUGAAAACAGCAGUGUCAGAACCUUUACAAUGGACAAAUCUACCCAGCACCAGGUGAUCCUACAGGCGAGAUCCACUGCACCACUGAUGAGGAUGGAAGGAGUCUUCUGGCAAGGUCAGUACUCCGGCCAGCCUGUCGACGUGCCUCAGAACCACAAGCGAGCUGUGUGUGACCUCACUGUGGCCGACCGAUUGGCUCUGUACGAUCACGUGGUCAGCCAGCGGAAGGAAGCUGCUUCCUCCAGCAACGAAGACCUCUACGUAGAUUUGGUGUCCAAACUGCAGAAGGAUGACGAACAGAACGAACCAAAGACUCAUCUCGAGCUGAUGGCAGAGAUGAGGGACUACAAGAGGCGGCGUCAGUCCUACCGAGCCAAGAACGUUCACAUCACCAAGAAGUCUUACACUGAGGUGAUCAGAGAGGUGAUCAACGUCCACUCAGACGAGCUCGCCAGACAGUGGAGAGAGGACGAGGACGAGUCGACACGAUCUGAACACUCCUCCCACAGGCGUCGGUUGGAUGAAAGGAGAUCAGCGUCCUCAGAGUCUCACAACUCCCACAGCAAACGCCAUCGCAGCCGGGAACGAAGCCAAGACAGAGAGAGCAAGAAGAAGAAAAGGAAGAAGGAGAGGGAUUCCCGUUCCCCCAGUGACCACCACCACGAACGCAAGAAGAAGAAAAAGAAGAAGAAGGAGGAGCGGGAGAAGGAGAAAUGAGAGUCCUGGAUCAGCAACAACAGAAAUCUGAUAGGAUGAGGUCAAGGGUGGUCGUGACCUCUACAGGUCAAAAUAUGUCAGAUGUCGCAUGUUAAGUGUUUAAACUUGAGGAUUUGGGGAAGUCAUAAGUGAGAAUAAAGUUUUGGGAACAAACAA